AUGGAAAUAUCACAAUGGACUCCCAACGUUCAUGUCUCUCAGCGGGAUGGCGAUGCGCGGGGCCUUCGCCAGUCCAGGACUGCGGUAGUUCGUCGCCUCGCUAGCGGCGAUGAGGAUGAGACGUGCAAGCACAUUUUGAAGCUGCUAGGUGCAGUUGAAGAAGAAGGUCCUAAUACACCUUUGGGUUCUCAGGAACCCCAUCAGAUCUCAGAACCUAAGCAAAAUGUUAACCCUAGGAAAAGGAAGCCUAGCCCGCCUACCCACGGUGACGACCCGAUGACAAAAAGGCCUUUACUUGAUAAGCAGAUGGAGACUUUGGCCGGAGGCUUGCAUGAUGAUUUUCACUUCCCGGCAACUUCUUCGUCUCAUGCCUCGGGAGCUCAGGGUGUGGAGGGAUACGCGAAGCCUUCUGGGAGCUCUACAGAACUAUGCGCCAGCUCGACAUCUCUGCAAGGCGAGCAGUCUUCCAGUGGGUGCCCCUUAUCUGGAGACUUGCAGAUCCGUCAGCCAGGAUCGCAUAACAGUAGUGGACCGGCACUCAGCACAGAAGCUGAAACGGGAUCGACUGGGUCUGAGGGUGUGACAGAUUCCGGUCAGCUCGAGGAACGUUUUCUAGCACCAAGCCUCAUUGACCAGUGGUUCCUUGACUACAUACUAGAACCAUCAUCGACGCCAUAUACUGGAGCAGAACAGUACAAUGACCCACAGAAAAUCCCCGUUCAGGGGAUGGCCAACGCGGCCGAUCUGCUUGCCCACACCAACAAGCAUCUUCCCAAUCUGCCUAGUCCGUUUGACCAUGGCAGCGCAAUCGCUAAUGCGUGGCUCCGUGUUAUGGAUGCUCAGAAUGUGCAGGAGAACGCGAGGCCUUCUGCAGAGCUAGACAGCAGCUUACCAUCGCUGCAAGGAGACCAGAUUACCCUUGGAUACCAAUUCUCUGGAGGCCUUGCGACCACUCAGAAAGGAGCUGAUGAAGCUAAUAGGACAACACUGACCACAGAAGCCGAAACAGCAUCGCAUGGGGCUGAACCAAUGGCAUAUCACAGCUUUCUAGAUAUGUUGCGUGCAGAUGAAGGAACCCUAGAGCAGCAGUGGCUUGAUGCCAUCACAGAACCGUCUUCGAGUUCAUUCCCAAGGAGCGGCGUAGGCCAUUACCGUGACUCGCCGGAAUUUGGCGGUCAAACGACAGCCGACGGGGCUGAUCAGCUAGCCCACGCCCACAUUAAACUUGCCGAACCGCGUACUCAGGUUCAUGGCAGCAAACGCAGUAGUGCGCAGCUACCUCUUGGGGAUGCUCACGGUGUGCCGCCUCUGCUGGAUCCCAGUGGAGGGUCUACGGAGAUAGACAAAGACUCGGCACCUCUGCAAAAUCCUUUCGUGCUACGGCAUAUUCCACCAUUCAUGAAGAAACAAUUGCAGGUUCCUCCGCUUAGUCUCCCCACUUGGCCUCCCAACGAACUUCGGGCUUCAACUGCAUCGGUCCCGUCAUCGAGCGAGGCGCCAUCAAGCGAGGUGCAUCCGCCUGGAUCCGGGCCUUCUCACUCGCCUGUUGUGUGCCUUCGUCGUUGA